AAUGUAGAAUAAGCUCCCGUUCAUGAUCAUGACCAGCAAAUUGUGGAUGAUGAGACGCCGACAAAAGUUCAGCGAUAAGACCGAGUUUGUUAGCAUAAAUUGAAAAGCGGCAUUUACUGUCAACAUCACUACAUAACGAGAUCUAGCAGUGAAAAGUGAAAUUCUGAAAAGGAAGCAAAUAACGAUUAACGGAUUUACCAUUUAAAAAUGCAGUCAAAGGGUAGAAGUGUCGUUCUGAAAGCAACUUUGGAUCAUUAUUCUGGAAGAUAACUAGAAGCAUUGAGAUAGGGCGCUACCAUAACGUGAGCGCCACGGAGAUGCAUCGUCUAUUUCAGCAGGAUUUUGGCGAUCUGGUCCGGUUUCCCGGGAUUCUCGGACGAAAGGAUACCGUGAUGACGUUUCAACCGGAUGACUUUGAAAAGGUGUUCCGAACGGAAGGUCCCUGGCCGAAUCGACGUGGACUGGCCAGUUUCGUCCACUAUCGGAAAGAGGUACGCCCGGAAGUGUUCAAAGGUCUGGGAGGUUUGGUUUCCGAGCAGGGAGAGAAUUGGCAAAAAUUCCGAUCUAUUGUGAAUCCUGUUUUACUGCAACCCAAGACGGUUCGUUCGUACGUUGGAAAAUUGGAUGAGAUUUCUCGCGAAUUCAUGAAUAUAAUGCUAAAGAUCCGGGAUGAUAAGAAUGAGCUACCAGCUGAUUUCAGCCAAUGGUUGAUUCGUUGGUCGUUGGAAUCCACUGGAGUACUAUCUGUAGACUCGCGGUUGGGAGUUCUCGAUGAACAAGAAUCGGAUAAAGCGCGUCAAAUCGUUAAGCUCACAAAGGAAUUAUUCGAACUGGUAUAUCAACUGGACAUACUUCCAUCGAUUUGGGUGUACUACAAAACUCCAAAAUAUCACCGUCUUAUGAAAGUUUUCGAUGAACUGACUUCCAUUGCCAUGGCAAAAGUAGACGAAGCCGUCUUAAGAUUGGAGAAGAAUCCUUCCACUACAUCCGAUGCGCAAAGCGUGCUGGAGAAAUUACUUAAAAUUGAUCGAAACGUCGCAAUUGUCAUGUCCUUUGAUAUGAUUCUGGCAGGUGUCGACACGACCACUUCAGCCAUAAUCGGCAUUUUGUACCAUCUAGCAAGGCAUCCGGAGAAGCAAGCGAAACUGCGUGAAGAACUCCUAACCAUCAUGCCAAAGAAAGAUACAUCGUUGACUCCGGACAACAUGCAGAAACUUCCGUAUCUGCGUGCCUUUAUCAAAGAAGGUAUUCGAUUGUUUCCACCCAUAGUAGGAAACCUCCGAGCCGCAGGGAAGGAUAUCGUUCUACAGGGUUAUCGGAUUCCUAAAGGGACAGAUAUAGGCAUGGGUUCCAUGGUUGCUCAACAAAGUGAUCGCUUCGUUCCACGGGCCAAAGAGUUCCUUCCGGAACGUUGGCUCAAAACUAAGGAACCCGGAUGCCCACACGCUAAGGAUGCGCAUCCUUUCGUAUAUCUACCGUUUGGAAAUGGACCUCGAACCUGUGUGAGGCGACGGUUGGCCAUGCUGGAAAUGGAGAUUCUGAUUGCAAGGAUAACUCGGCUGUUUGAGUAUCGUUGGAACAACGGGGACCUGAAGAUCCAGACGACGUUGGUGAACACUCCGGUGAAUGAUUUGAAGUUCCAGAUGGUGGAAGUUGAUGAUUGAAGAUGUGAAUAAAAACAUUUAAGGUACAGUGGGG